CAGCCAAUGAGCGGCGGCGGCUCAGAGGUUUAAAUUGGCGGCGGCCGGGCCGAAGUCCCUCACUUGGCUCAGCCUCUCCAGCUGUUCUGACAUGGCAUCCAGGGUCACUCGGUACACCCGCAAGACGGACGAUGCCGCGGCGAGGGGCAGCGCGCUACCCACCGCUAAGCGCGAGGCGCAGGCGGCCAGCUGCAAGACGCUGUCCCGCACCGCCCUGGGAGACAUCGGCAACUGCGUGGCUGAGCCGAAGACUCGGGCCACCACCAAGGCGGCGAUGCAGGUGAGCCGCGGGCCGGAGACGGGCACCCGGCCCGCUGCCACCCAGAAGACGGAUGCCGGGAGGAAGCUGAAGGGUGCUGCCAGAGCCGGGUCGAAGGCAGACCCGAUGCGCUACCAGUUGGAGCCUCAAUCUCCAGCCUCCGUGGAGAUACGUGGAUAUGCCCCAUUAGAGACCGUGUUGUGUAAAGCUUUUUCUGAUGUCAUGCUUGAAGUGGAAAACACAGAUGAGAGAGAUGAUGAGGAUCCAAAACUCUGCAAUGACUAUGUGAAGGACAUCUACCAGUACCUGCAAGAGCUUGAGAAAAGUCAACCUGUCAGAGCUGAAUACCUGGCCGGCCAGGAAAUCACUGGGAACAUGCGCGCUAUAUUAAUAGACUGGCUUGUGCAAGUACAGAUUAAAUUCAAACUCCAUGCAGAGACCUUGUUCAUGUCAGUUGGUAUCAUUGAUCGCUUCCUGCAGGACAACAUUAUUUCCAAGAGGAUGCUGCAGCUCGUUGGUGUCACAGCUAUGUUCAUUGCCAGCAAAUAUGAAGAGAUAUAUCCCCCACAUAUUGGAGACUUUGCCUAUGUGACUGAUAAUACUUACACAACGCUCCAGAUCUGCCAGAUGGAGGUGAAGAUCCUGCAAGCACUGAACUUUGCUCUGGGUCGCCCUCUCCCUCUGCACUUCCUAAGGAGAACUUCAAGGGUUGCUAAGGUGGACUUUGAACACCACGUUUUGGCCAAGUAUCUGAUGGAGUUGUCCAUUAUUGACUAUGAAAUGGUUCACUUCCCUCCAUCAAAGAUUGCUGCGGCUGCUUUCUGUUUGGCUAUGAAACUCCUCGACGGAUGUGCAUGGGAACUAACUGUGCAGCACUCCAUCUCUUACACGGAGAGUGACCUUCUCCCAGUUAUGCAGCACCUGGCGAAGAACAUAAUUUUUGUGAAUGAGGGCAUUACAAAGCAUUUGACAAUCAAGAACAAAUACCACGUCAGAAGAAAUUCCAACAUAAGCUCCAUUGAACAGCUCAACUCUUGUAUUAUAUGGGAUCUGGCCAAACCUCUGCUUAGAAAGAUGUAGUUUCUCUGUGAACUCAAAGCCAACGUUACUAUUUUCUGUCACUGUGUGUAUUCUGUACCUUACUUGUGUGUUUCAGUCUUUUAAUAAAUGGUUAUGC